AUGGAGCACUUGCCAGCACUCGGCACAGCGAUUCGCGACAUUGUAAAGCCAACAAUCAAGCUCUACGAACCACUCCUGCUCCAGAACGCCGAAUUGAUCCGCUCCGUGCCUUGCGAAACAUUCUCGUAUGGUUCUCAUGAACGACAGCAGCUAGAUGUCUACAGAGCCCCAAAAGCGAGCAUCAAGAAUGGCCGAAGACCAGUUCUCAUGUUCCUCUAUGGCGGCGGUCUGACGAUGGGCCACAAAACUCUACCAGGUGUAGCCGACCAGCUCUGCCAUGCCAACAUUGCCUCGUUCUUCGCACUCAAACAUGGCUACACAGUCGUCAUUCCAGAUUACAGACUGGUCGGAACACACGACGCCAAGUUCCCAUCUGGAGGCGAAGAUGUUUGUCUCGCCGUGCAAUGGACACGUGACAAUGCCGCAAACCUUGGACCGGAACCUCUGAAUCUGCUCAUCAUGGGAAAUUCGGCCGGCGGUGUUCAUCUUUCUACUUUCUUGCUACAUGAGAGUUUCGCGAUCACGAGGAAAGCAGUACUCUCGGACGACAUACUGCGACUGAGAGGUGUUGUCUUCUUAUCCGUACCGUUCCAUUUCCAACUCGCACACGAGAGUAGAGCUGGGGUGAACAAGGCAUAUUAUGGUGACGAGGUCGAUACGCAUUCUCCGCUGGGACUGCUGAGAACAAGGCAGAGUGAAGGUCAGAUCGAUUUCAUCGAAGCUGGAGUUCGUACGCUCGUACUCAACGGAGACUUGGAUCCUGAAGACGAGAUCCUGAUACCACGGGACGACUUCAUCAAGCAAUGGCUCGCUGCCGAUUCGAAACUUGCAAGGCAGUCACUAGCUACAGAUUUCAUGCCUGGGCAUAAUCACAUCAGUCCGUGGGCGAGCUUGGGUACUGGGGUCGAAAAAGAGGAAGCUUGGGGUCACCAAAUCGCUGCAUUCUAUGACAAUCUAAGGACUUUCGUACCAGCUCUUGCAUGA